GCACCGGCAUUAGGCAGAGUGGGGGCUUUGCAUCAAGUUGGAAAGCCAGAAGGCUCCCACAGGUGCUGGUACUUCAAACCCAUGCCUGAGUCCACCAGGGAAUGCAUACAGCAUUAAAAACAAAAUACUGAACCUUGCGGCUGUUGGCCAGGCACCUGCAUGCAGAGGGGGCUCUGCUGGGCUGCUACUGGGGAAAAGGGCUCUGCUGAGCAUCCUCUAGAGGAGACUGCCCAGCCAAAGCUGCACUAUGGAGCUGAGAUCUGGUGAGCCAUCGGGGAAUGUAAAAGAAAGAGGAAAAGAGAAAGGAAAGAGGGCUCACAGAGACUCCUCACGAGAAGUGCUUGAGUGGAGGGAAUCCUUUGACCAGCUCCUCAAGAGUAAAAAUGGGGUAACUGCCUUCCACACCUUCCUGAAGACUGAGUUUAGCGAGGAGAACCUGGACUUCUGGCUGGCCUGCGAGGACUUCAAGAAGACUCGCUCCAAAACCAAGCUGGCCUCCAAAGCCAACAGGAUCUUUGAGGAGUUUGUCCAAAGCGAGGCACCCAGAGAGGUUAACAUUGACCACGAAACCAGGGAGAUCACCAGGAAGAACCUCACAGGAGCCACCUCCGCUUGCUUCAACGAGGCUCAGGCAAAGACCCGCACCCUGAUGGAGAAGGACUCCUACCCCCGCUUCCUGAAGUCAGCCUCCUACCAGGACAUGACCAAGCAGGCUGCCAGCCGCAGCAUCAACAAGCGCUUGCACACCUGACCCAUGCCCAGCACCAAACCCGCUCCGGAUGGGCACCGAGGGCCUGGUGGUGGAGUUUUGGCUGAAAUCCCAGCCUUCCAGCAGGACGCCCAGGACCUUCAGUGCUCCCACUGAGGCUGCCCUACGGAGAGGCCACCCCACUGCCGGUGGUCCCGUUGUAGGGCUGCACAGGAUUGAAGCCAUCCGUGUUUCAGCAAGAAGAGCGGUGGGCCAGGGAGCAGCAUGGCCUUAGCAAUGACUUUUCUAUCCUUUCCUUAAACUUUGUGGCCUGCAGGCUGCACCUGAACUUAGGUCACAGGCAUUUUUGUUAUUGUUAUUAUUUAUUUUGUGGCUAUUGUUAUGAUAUAUUUAUGAGAAGAGCACUGCUCAAAGCACGCGCACAUCCCUUGCUUGGAGGAGCUUGUAAAUUAAUUUAUUUUAGGUAUUGCAGCACUUAGCAUGCCUCCCACAGCUUCUGUGUAAUAACUGCAAGAGAGAAAAAUAGCUUUGUAAUGCAUCUGUGGAGCAAGGUACGCAAAUAGCAGCAGGGAAAGCUGCACCGAACUGGGUCUGAGGUUCCUGGGAGCAUGGAGGACCAUUGAUGGCCAUAAAAGGAUGCUUUGCAGUUCAUGCCAUUUCCCUUUUUUUGCCCUUAAAUAGAGCUCUGUGGCCGGCACCUUGGCACGUGGGCUAGCAGCUUGUUCUAGGCAGAGAAUAGCAGAGCAGAAGGGCACUUUGAGUGUUGAAAACUUAUUUUUAAAUCACUUAGGAGGUAAAAGCUGUGUUUACAGUUUGGUUUACAGUUGGGUCUGGUGUUGCCCUGGCCGGUCUGCAGCUGAGGAACCCCAAGGACCAGUUUAAGGAUGUUUCUCUGAGUCCUCUUCCCGCUUCUACCUCUGAGUCUGGUGGGUCUCAGCUGCAUUCAUGGGGCUAUUUGAGCUGUUUCGUUAUUUAUUAUUUACUUUUACAACUGGAACCACCUUCGUUGUGUUACUGAAGUGAACGGCAUACAGAGGUCCAUUUUUGCCACAGACAUGAGGUCAUGGUUACAAAAUAAAACACAAAGAGGGCAAUGCUGUGACACCA